UUUUUUUCUGAUUCAUUCUAACAGAACAAUUUGUUGACAGAUAUUCGAUUUUUUUUUGAAUAUAAGUUAUCAACUAGAUUUUACUAGGAUUUUAAAAAUAAAAUUCCUGUUAAUUUACGUGGUCAGCAAAUAUAUAGGGCCUAUAAUAUUAGACAUGAAGGUAAAUUAAUUUGGCGACAAAUGUUUAAAAAUAAUAUUCAUGUAAGGCAAGGUGGCAACUUUCUUUAGUUCAACAUUUCUGAACAAACGUUUAUACGGAUCGUAAAUACAGUUUAAAGAUAUCUUGCGGCAUUUAAACCUAUAGUAUUCCAGGACACCUACAAUCGAAACUCUCGCAGAGGUUUCAUUCUGUGUGCAUGUAAUUAGAAGUUUUCUGAUCGUUACCUUGAUAACGUCUGAAACAUGGGCAUUUUUUUUCAUCAUAUGUUUUGUGCUUGUUCUGUUGAUUUUUUCAUGUGGAUGAUACACUUUGGUUUCCAAGUUAUCCGUGUCUUAUGAUAAUUCAUAGAUGCCCAAAAAAGCUUAACUGAAAUAGAGAUUUCUGAUGAAUUAAUAGAGAUUUAGAACAGUUAAAAUAGUUGGAGAUACAAGUAGAAACACCAAUUUGUUCAGUUAAAGAUGACUACAGUGGCAGCUCCCAGUGAGCUCCCUGAUGUGCCCGAGUGUCCAAUUGAUUCUCAAACGAGCGUUGACGACAGACGGAUGCGAUGGGUGGAGUUCUUUGAUCGUGAGAAAUAUUUACAGCAUGUUCUGUUGAUGAGAUCCCGACAAUUUUCUGCGCUUGUCCAGUUGUUACAAACCUGUAAAAAGGAGACAGACCCAUUCAGACCACCAGUAGAACUUCCGGUCCCAGAGCAGAUCCUUGCUCCAACGCCACCCCCACAAACAGCAGCGGAAGAGGAUGAGGCGGCCGUCACCCACAGCGAUUUGUCCUCCCACUCCAAGGCAUCUCAGAAUUCCUCCCUUUCAUCGUCAUCCUCCUCUUGCUAUACCACCACAAAGAGUAGAGGCACAAGCUACGUGUCAGUUCGAAGUGUGGACGCAAGAAAAACCAACACCAUCGCUCUGGUCAUCCUGGUGGUCUCUGUGUUGGUCAUAGCAGGCAUCAUCGUAGGGAUAGUAGUUCAUAUACACGUAGACACAGGUUUACUGGGGUCGAGCGAAAACAAUAAAGAAUCCCAUAAGAAUACAAACUGGAUGACUUCUAAAGAAAGGGACCAUAUACACCAGCUCGUUACGGAGAAUCUUUCCCCUCAUCGGACGUUGGAUAUGCAGGAGUAUGAUGAGGUUCAUUCUAACAAUUAUCCCUUCUCAUCUAAGUCCCCUCAGAGUGCAACUAAUGAUCUCAGAACUUCAUUAAAAGCCAAUGACGUGCACAUAACACGUAGCAGCGCUGACUCUGACAGCACUCAUAAUCAGUUGGCCCGCGAUCGUUCCAACCAAAACACCAGCGGAAGGAAUGACUCGUUACAAUCGUUCAAUCAAAUGAGCCAAUCAGAACCGGGGAUAGACCGUUUGCCAACAGAUCAAGGCCAUACGAAAUUGGGCGACGAUUUGUCUCCCAUAACUCGAGGCCACACAGAUUUCAGUAAUCUACACAUGUCGGUGUCAAGGAGCAACUUGGAUGGAGUAAGCUUGUCACGUAAAACUACAUAUCCAAUAGAUCGAAGUGAAUCUCCAACGUCCGCCAUGUCUUCAUCAACAUCCCAAGGAGGCACUCUAACGUCAUCAAUGUCUUCUUCUUCUACAUCGGAAAGUGGCAUUCCCAUUGCUACUACAUUCGAUCCUUUAAAUCCACAGGGAAAUAACCAACCUGAGUCAGCAGAACCAAAUCUAGGUAGUCCUGAUUCGGGAUCAAACCCAUACCUUCGCGUCACAGGCCGUUUCGAAGAGCUGAACAGUAAUGGAGAUAUUCAUGAACAAACCUCUGUGACAAGGAACUCGUUCUCUAGACCACGUGGCGCCAACGGAAGCACAGGGAACACGCUUGACCCGAUGCCAACUUCUCGAGAACAACAAGGCACCUUUUCCAGAUAUUAUCAACUGACCAAUGCCUUGAGCCUUGAUCUGACCACCAUGCCCACUGACCAUCAAGCCACGGACACUCGAAACACACAACAGCAUACAAUUUCCACGUUUUCCUUAGGCAGGGGCCUGUCUGGUUCAACCCUUUCUCAUAAUGCUGUUUCGUCUGCCAAAGCGACACAAUUGCCUUUCCCUGGUGUCGGAACUACUCGAACCCCGGCUUCACCAAUGAGCUUUGAUGUCCUUAGGCCGCCGGGGAAAUUAACGACUUCUUCAUCAAUUUGGCCCCUAUUCUCGUCUGCUUCAACGAAAUCAAACAAAUCGGCAAGUUAUAACAGCGAUGUAGGCCUACAAUCCAAAAGUAGGCCUACUGAUUCAACAAAUGUCAGACCGUCGGGGACUAGAUCAAGUUCAGGCAGAGAGUCUUCCCAAGAAGCAGCCACUUCUAAGGCCAUGGCUAGAACAGGAUCUUCAACAGCAACAAGGCGCUUAAUGAGAAGACUGACCACCACCACUGUUCGAACGACGCCCCUGGUGGACCAGUAUGCAGCAUUCUAUGCCGGAGGGAACGCAGACGGACCUGACGGACCAACGUUUGAAGUAUCGAACGUAGCAGGUGGCAUUGAUUAUGAUUCAGCCUUCCGAGACAUGCCACCACCACAAGUGUUACCCACAGCCAUAGCAACUAAAAUAGCCGCAGCGCCCCCUGCACUGACGACCAGGCCGCCACCGACAACUAGAAAGCCUCCAAAAAUCGUACUUAUCGCCAAUGAUGUGGUGGCUGAGAUUGGCAUGAGCGUCAGCCAGGGUCUGAAAGUUGGUUGUUCCGCCAAGGAAGCCUGGGGCUGGACUUACAUGGCCAUUUCACGUUAUGAAGGAGACAACAACUUCUCGGUGGAGUUUCUGGGUGGAGUAGAAAAAAGAGACGAGUGGCCUUUUAUCCCUAUAGACUCCAGGAUGUCUGACUUCACCUUACACAGAGACGAUGAGAUGGUGAACCUGGUGCUGGAGACCAAGUUUGCUAUGUGUGAGGACAAAGGCAGAUACUUGUGUGAGGUGAUUGUCAAUAGCACCUUCUUCACCAGGACUUUCAACGUAGAUGUCAAAAAAAAACCCGAAAAACCAGUUUUAAGUUUUCCUGACGACAUCUUUGCUGGCCAGACAGUGUGGAUUACAACAACAUGGGAUGCUGGGAACCCAAUGAUUGGCCACAUUGUGCAUGACAUUGUCAAAGGUUUCGUAGAUUUGCCUUUUGUGUCGAAAAAUGAACGAACGACCUCCUGGUAUAAGGACUGCGCUAUAAUGGUGGAGAAUAAGUACUCCGUGGUGCCAGAAGUCAACUGGAACGGGACUGAAAUAAUUGCUCGUAUUGAGGCUGGGCCUAAAGCGACUGCUUUACAGAAAAGCAUCAUAGAACGGCUGAAAUUUGAUCGCAAGGUCAUGGUCAUUUUGGAUGCCAACAUGUGCCAAGGAAAGCAAGGAGACAAACUGGCCCAUCCGUACAACAAGGAGAAAUUUGUGACUUGCGGUUCAGGUGGUCCUACUGUGGAAGCGUGUCCAGAGCUUCAGCAUUUUGAUACCAAGAUGAAAAAAUGUGUGUUGACUCCUGUGAAACCCAAGGCAACUUGAACGAGAGGUCGACGUGGGAUUUAAAGACCUGGUGCUUUGUGGGAUAAGGCGAGUGUUGCAACAGUCUUUCGUGGGACACCGUGACUGGGAGUGAACGUCCAUCUAAAUAAAAUUGCAGUGCUGCAACACUUUAUUUAAUAUUUCACUUAGAUACUUCUUAAAUUGUAUCGAAAUUUUCUAAUUUGUGAAAGAAUCCGGAAACAGGAUUUGAAGAUCUUGUAAUUCUCCGUGCCAACCUCACCCCCUUGUGAAAGACAUUGUGCAUAAUGAAGAAUUUUAUAAUAUAUCAUAAUUUCUGUUGUUAAAUAAGAAAGUGUGGUUGUGUUAUUUGUGUUUAAACAAUACAGUAGGCCUAAUCAUCAAUGAACCAUACAUGAAGGUUAGAGUUUGUAAGAUGGACAAGAGAUUCAGCUAGAGAUGCGUAACCGGGAAGAGUGAAUGCUAAGUCUAAAGAGUAAAUACAUUUGCAAGUGUUCCUAUUUUUUAAAUAGCUUGUAUAUAUCGCAUAUUUCAUGUUUUAGCAAGCUCAGAUCGAUAUGAUCCAGUCUGUUUUGUGGACCAGUGGUGGAAGAGGGUUCCUGGGAGAAGGUUAUCCGUGCUGCGGUUGAAUGUUAAACUACUUGUUACUUUUUCGAAUGGAGUGUUUUGGGUUGGUGUAGUACCCAACAUGUACACUUCUGAUAUAGACAGAUAUGCACGCGUAUGUAUACCGCAAUGUGUCUGCCGUGAACUAAACAUGCUUUCAUUAUUCACAAUGGCCUACAUCUCGGUGCUAACUCUGUCCAUAUAUAUAAUUAUAAAUGGUAGCAAAUAAUAGCAACUGAAUAUGUAAACAAUGACUUCUAAGAGUUGAGAGAAACAUUGGAAGUGUAGCCUUUAAGUGGAAUCCUCUGAAUUUUGUUAACUUACCUUUAAUAAAGUAUUAGAUAUUUUGUAUAGUAACAAACUAUUUUAUAUCUCUUGGUUUUCUUUCUCUUUGACAUAAUUAACACAUUUGUAAUCUACUCUCCUAGAGUUAUGUCUCUCUUCAAAACUGUUUUACUAGUAUUGCAGUUCUCAGAGGGCACAUCUAUCAGGUGGAAAAAAAAAGGGGGGGGGGGUCUGAUAAUAAUGUGUAUAUGAGGCUAUAUUACUUAUAUAAACCAAGUUUGUCUCAAUUAGUGGUACCAUAUAGACUGUGAAAAUGGCAAACUCCUUGAUCGUGCGAUAAGCACUUUGGACUGUCCACACGUUAGUCCAGUUUUAGAACCUCGCCUGCCAUUAUCUCUCAUGACCGUGUUAUAGAUAUGAGAAUUUGUACAGUUGGCCUACUCUUCAGUCUAGAAAAACAAAAUACGCGCACUUAGUGUUCUGUACCAUUUAUCUAUUAGCCUAAUAUGUGUGCAAGUAUUGCGAGCGAUGUGUGUAUCAGUAUAUGUAUGUUUUGAAAGCGUAUUUACAUGAUAGUCAUUGUUACUAUAAUGGAACGAUACACUCUUACUUAUUACAGCAGUGCAACAAGUGAAAUUAUUUUUAUCAGAGCUGCAAAGUCUAUUUUGAUUGUUUGAACAGCAUUCUUAAUAAAUUACUUUAUGAUCAUUGUCGAUUUAUUAACACUGUUUAAUAUUGAAUAUUCACAUAGCAAAUAUUAAAUUCUUACGACUUUAUUGUUAAAAUAUUAACACUUGAACUUGUUCAUAUGCAAUUUUAUAUUAUAUUUAUUUCUCAUAUUAAAAUGUUUAUAUUAUGUAGCCUUAUUGAAAUAAAUGCUUAUGCUGUAAAAA